AUGAUCAGAGGUUUUGGCAUUCCUGAAAACGAUGUAGCAUACUGGGCCGGAAUCACCUCGGCCGUCUUCUCCUUCGCCCAAAGCUUCACGGCCGUCCCCUGGGGAAGGGCCUCGGACAACAUUGGCCGCAAGCCUACCAUCAUUCUUGGUCUGUUCAGUACCAUGAUAUGCUUCUUGAUCUGGGGGCUCGUCGAUAGCUUACCCAUGGCUAUCUUUGUUCGUGCCAUUCAAGGCGGUGGUAACGGAAAUGUUGGAAUUUUGAGGACAAUGGUGGCCGAAAUGGUUCCUGAAAAGGAACUGCAGCCCAUGGCCUUCUCCAUCAUGCCUCUGGUUUGGUCGCUUGGAUCCAUCUUUGGCCCGGCAUUUGGAGGCUUCUUUGCGAACCCUGCCCAGAGGUUUCCUUCCCUCUUUGGAGGUGUUCCUUUCUGGGAAAAGUAUCCGUUUGCGCUUCCCAACUUGAUCGGCGCGGGCGUCUUCCUUAUUUCCAUCACAAUAGCGACCCUGUUUCUCAAAGAAACCCUCGAGCACAAGCGCCACCAUGAAGACUGGGGCCUGCUUCUCGGGAGGAAGCUUUCUCGAGCUUUCAAAGGAGGCCGUCGCCAGCGCCGUGCCUCGUUUGUGGACGGAGAGGCUACAGCCCCUCUAGUCCCGACGAAGCGCAUCAAACAUCACCCUGUCAAUCCAAAGACCUACCGCCCUGGUAUGAAGGAGGUUUUCACCACGCAGUCCAGUAUUGGUCUGCUUGCCUAUACCUUUCUCGCCCUUCAUUCCGUCGCUUAUGAUCAGGUGCUCCCCGUUUUCCUCAAUUACCCUGCCGUCGAACAUACCCCAGAGAACACGAAACUCCCCUUCCGCUUCACUGGCGGCUUCGGCCUUGGAUCGAACACGAUCGGAACCAUCUUUACCGUCUACGGUGUUGCCUGCGGUUUCAUCCAGUUUGUCAUCUUCCCACCCCUCUGCAAGAAGUUUGGUGCAUUGUCUUGCUAUCGUGCCUGCUGCUUCCUCUUCCCCACGGUUUACCUUCUCACCCCUUUUACCGUCCUUAUCGAUAACCCCACUCUGCGCUAUACCACCCUCCUCAUCGUCAUGUGCUUGAAAGCUUUCGCCGUCAUUAUCGGCUUCCCUUGCAUGACCAUCAUCCUCACCAACUCAUGCACCUCCCUGAGCAUACUGGGGACUCUCAAUGGCUUCGCGACUACUUUUAGCGCCAUUGGCCGCGCCGUUGGGCCCGCUCUGGCCGGUGCCGCAUUCUCUUGGGGUGUCCGUCGCAAUUUCGUCGCUGCUUCUUGGUGGUUCCUCUUCGCUGCUUCCGUCAUCGGCUCCAUUCCCGCAUGGUACCUUGUCGAUGGUGAAGGGCCUAGCAGAUCCACAGACAGCAGUGAUAUCGAAGAUGAAGAUGAUGGGGAUGACACCACUGCGGCCAGCUCGGCUCUCCUGUCUGACUACGAGGAUGAGUCUCCGUAUACAGCUGAGUACAAUGACGAUGACGUUGAUCACCAUGAUGAUGUUUUGCCCCUCUUGAAGGACCAUGAGCGCGGCAGCAGCCCUUAUCGCUCUACAAACUAA